AUGGGACUGUUGCUAUCGUUAGUGGAGAUUGGGGCUGUUGCUAUCGUUAGUGGAGAUGGGGCUGUUGCUAUCGUUAGUGGAGAUGGGGCUGUUGCUAUCGUUAGUGGAGAUGGGGCUGUUGCUAUCGUUAGUGUAGAUGGGACUGUUGCUAUCGUUAGUGUAGAUGAGGCUGUUGCUAUCGUUAGUGGAGAUGGGACUGUUGCUAUCGUUAGUGGAGAUGGGACUGUUGCUAUCGUUAGUGGAGAUGGGACUGUUGCUAUCGUUAGUGUAGAUGAGGCUGUUGCUAUCGUUAGUGGAGAUGGGACUGUUGCUAUCGUUAGUGUAGAUGAGGCUGUUGCUAUCGUUAGUGGAGAUGGGGCUGUUGCUAUCGUUAGUGGAGAUGGGGCUGUUGCUAUCGUUAGUGGAGAUGGGGCUGUUGCUAUCGUUAGUGUAGAUGGGGCUGUUGCUAUCGUUAGUGUAGAUGAGGCUGUGCUAUCGUUAGUGGAGAUGGGGCUGUUGCUAUCGUUAGUGGAGAUGGGGCUGGGCUAUCGUUAG